AUGGAGACUGGAAACCGCACAAUGGUGACAGAGUUUAUUAUUUUGGGGUUAACAAAGGAUCCAACACUAUGUUUCAUCUUCGUUGUGGUUUUUCUGGGAAUCUAUGUUGGUACCAUGUUGGGCAAUAUCAGCAUAAUCAUGUUAAUCCGAAGUUGCCCUCAGCUUCACACCCCAAUGUACCUCUUCCUCAGCCAUUUGGCCUUUGUGGACAUUGGGUAUUCCACGUCAGUCACACCUGUCAUGAUUGUGACUUUCCUAAGAGAGAGAACUACUAUCCCUGUGGCUGGCUGCAUAGCCCAGCUUGGCUCUGAUGUCAUCUUUGGGACUGCUGAGUGCUUCCUGCUGGCUGCCAUGGCCUAUGAUCGCUAUGUGGCUAUCUGCUCCCCACUUCUUUACUCCACACACAUGUCUCCCAGGGUCUGCGUCCUCCUAUUGGUUGCUUCCUAUGUGGGUGGAUGUGUGAAUGCUUCAUCGUGUACUGGCUGUUUAUUGAGCCUGAAUUUCUGUGGACCAAAUAAAGUCAACCAUUUCUUCUGUGACCUCCCACCACUAGUGAAGCUUUCCUGUACCCAUAUCUACAUGGCUGAAAUCUCUCCUGCCAUCUCAGCUGGGUCAAUCAUUGUAGUCACACUGUUUAUCAUAGUUGUUUCAUACCUGUACAUCCUCCACUCGAUCCUGAACAUGCGCUCUACAGAGGGAAGGCACAAGGCCUUCUCUACUUGCACAUCCCACCUCACUGCGGUCACGUUGUUUUAUGGGACAGUUACAUUUGUUUAUGUUAUACCAGAGUCAAUCCACUCACCUGACCAUAUUAAAGUGAAAGCUCACUUCUGCCUUCUGAACAUUUAA